AUGGAUCACGAGCCGGAGUUUAUAGACGGAGUGUUUUGUAAAAGAAGUAACGAUGAUGUGAGAAAAAUCUGUUUUCACUCCCGCCCUGGGGUGCCAGCGGGUGCCAGGAUGGCACCCCAAGGAUCGGCCAUGGGACCUCCCGGCUCCCCGUAUGGGGGCAGCCCCACGGUUCGCCCAGGGAUCCCACAGCCCGUACUCGACCAGACCCGCAAGCGCUCAGCUCCCCAACCCGUACAGCAGGUGGUACAGAGCCGGACCCGCAGCGCCAAGAGACGGAAGAUGUCAGACAAGAUCCUCCCGCAGAGGAUCCGAGAGCUGGUUCCCGAAUCCCAGGCCUACAUGGACCUCCUGGCCUUCGAGAGGAAACUUGACCAAACCAUCAUGAGGAAGAGGGUGGACAUACAGGAGGCCCUGAAAAGGCCAAUCAAGCAAAAGCGAAAGUUGCGGCUCUACAUCUCGAACACCUUUAACCCGGCUCGGAGUGAGACAGAGGACUCGGACAGCAGCAUUGCCUCAUGGGAACUCCGCGUCGAGGGGAAACUCCUCGAGGAUCCUGGAAAACAGAAACGGAAGUUCUCCUCGUUUUUCAAGAGCCUUGUUAUUGAGCUGGAUAAGGAUUUGUACGGACCAGACAAUCACUUGGUGGAGUGGCACCGAACACCCACCACCCAAGAGACGGACGGGUUCCAGGUGAAGCGACCGGGCGAUGUCAGCGUGCGGUGUACGCUGCUGCUCAUGCUCGACUACCAGCCCCCCCAGUUUAAGCUGGACCCUCGCCUCGCUCGUUUACUGGGAAUCCACACUCAGACCCGUUCGGCCAUUGUCCAGGCGCUGUGGCAGUACAUCAAAACCAACAAACUACAGGACUCUCACGACAAGGAGUACAUCAGCUGUGACAAGUACUUCCAGCAGAUAUUUGACGGAGCCCGGUUAAAGUUCUCCGAGAUCCCCCAGAGACUCACCACUUUGCUGCUGCCCCCGGAUCCAAUCAUCAUCAACCACCUCAUCAGCGUGGAUCCGAAUGAUCAGAAGAAAACAGCCUGUUACGAUAUCGAUGUGGAGGUCGAUGACCCUCUGAAAGGUCAAAUGAGCAGCUUCCUGCUCUCCACAGCCAAUCAGCAGGAGAUUGCUGCACUCGACAACAAGAUACAUGAGACGAUUGAAUCGAUUAACCAGCUGAAGAUCCAGAGGGACUUCAUGCUGAGUUUCUCCAAGGACCCGGAGGGUUACAUCCAGGACUGGCUCAGGUCGCAGAGCCGUGACCUGAAGAUCAUGACGGAUGUGGUCGGGAGUCCGGAGGAGGAACGCCGGGCGGACUUUUACCAACAACCGUGGUCCCAGGAAGCUGUCAGCAGAUACUUCUACUGCAAGAUACAACAGCGGAGACAGGAACUGGAGCAAGCCAUGGGAGUGCGCAACACCUAAAGCAAUCCCUCGGAGCUUUGUCACCACUGGAAGAGACAGGACACUGCCGCCCAGGACAAUGUUAUCGACAGGAGCCAGCCUCCUGGCACUGACCCCUUCCCAUUCGCUUGCUGUGUACGUUGGGUCUUGCACCUUCACUUCCUGACUCCCUCCACCCCCUCCCCUCCCCCUCCCGCUCCAUACCGUAUUGUGGACCCCAAUUGACUCCUCACUGAGGCUGCUCUUCCCCUCCUAGCCCAAGAGUGUCUGUCAGCUGGCUAUUUGGCUACAUGGGGCGUUUCAGCCCGGAUUGACCCAAUGAUUUCAUUUCUGUCUCCUGGUGUCAGCGGGUGGUGGAUGCUGAGGACCCCAACGCAGAGCGGGAUCAGGGAGAGAGGAGACACAGGCAACGUGAUCCUUCCUCCACCAGCACCGAGGCUGCAGUGUUCCCUGUGCACACACUCUCUCACACACUGUCACACACACCCACUCACACACCCAGUCACACACAUUCUCACACCCACUCUCUCUCUCUCACACUCACACACACACACACACACACACACACUCCCACUGUCUCUCACACUUACGCUCACUCAUACACACGCUCUCUCACACCCACUGUAAUGGGGGUGGGGGUGGGGAGCUAGAUCUUUCACUGUAUCCAAACAAAGUCAGCCAAUCACAGGGCACAACCACUGGAGUCAACCUGGAUUAUUGAUACCACCUCCCCCUCUGUCCCCCUCCCCCUCUGUCCCCGUCCCCCUCUGUCACCCCUCCCCCUCUCCCACUGUCCCCCUCCCCCUCUGCCCCCCUCCUCCUCCACCCCUCUGUCCCCAUCCCCCUCUGUCCACCUCCCCUCCCCCUCUGUC